CCAGAUGCAGGUUGGCUGCUGUCUUACAUUGAUCUAGGAUACUAGAUGCAACUGCUGUUCUGAAUGUAGCGAGCAGAUUGUAGUGUUAGAUUGUUGUAAUGUCUAGGUGUAGGCAACAUAUGGAUUUCCAAUACUGAGAAUUUAUUAAUUUUCCAUUCGCUUUCUCUACCUAGCAGCCCUGCAAGAUCACUUCGGGUAUUUCUAUAUACAGGCUUGCCAGAAAAGAAAGAAACUAAAGGGGGCAUAGCACAUUAGAGGGCCUUAAGGAGAGAACAGAGGAGUGGGAUAGAAACAGUGUAGCUGUAGAAACAGGGUUAGGUAGAUAGACUGCCAUGAGAGAGGAUCCGUCAAGCUGUGGUGAAUACCCUGAGGGAGGGGUGGUGUCCAGUGAGGAGGAGCCAGACUGUGCUCCAAUCAAAUACCCUGUGGUGGUGGUAACACCAGGGGCCGGCGGGCGCAAGAGUGUCACCAGGAAAGACAACAUUUUAUCGCCAACAGAGGACAACAAGUCAACAACAGGAGGGCCUCCCAGUUUGAUCCCAUCAGGACCCAAGAGGCCUAAGAAGAGUCCCCAGCCCUCCCUGUCUCCUCUCCCCAUCCCAGGCCAGCCCCUGGAGGACCCUCAGCACCAACGGGUGAUCGCCAAUGUACGGGAGCGCCAACGGACGCAGUCCCUGAACGACGCUUUUGCCUCGCUGCGUAAGAUCAUCCCCACGCUCCCCUCGGACAAGCUGAGCAAGAUCCAGAUCCUAAAGCUGGCCUCGCGUUACAUUGACUUCCUCUACCAGGUCCUGCAGAGCGACGAGAUGGAUGCCAAGCUGGCCAGCUGUAACUACCUAGCCCACGAGAGACUCAGCUAUGCAUUCUCAGUGUGGAGGAUGGAGGGGGCCUGGUCCAUGUCUGCUACCCACUAGCCCUGUCACCUACCUCUCUAACAUCCCCUCCCCCAGCCAAUCUCCCAUGACCUCUGACCCCUGCUCUCUGACCCUCAUCCUCACAUCAUCUAACUCCUCUUAUCAUUCUACACCAGCACCGUACCAAGGCGUCUGAGAAGCCUCCACCUGUUGGUCUGCAAUCCCUUUGUUUACUGAUUUGGACCUACAUCUCUGGACCAACUAAAUCAAAGAUAUGAGCCUGCCCUCACUCUGGAGAGGUACUGUAGAGAGACUCAGCUUCCUCGAGCCCACACAGAAUCUAUGGGACAAUGAUUCAGAGCUACUAGCAGGUCUAGAAGAGGGACAACUAUAGCUUUUUAGGACCUGGAAAUUGCAACUUGUGACUUGGAAACAAUUUGGUAAACAAAUGUAAGUUGCAGAUAUUAAUGGGAAUAUUCCUAUUGUAGUGUAACUACAUGUAGUACAGAACUGUUUGUAAACCAAAACACAAUUCCUCAUUAAAAGGGAAUCAGUUGGUGUAAGAUAA